AUGCAACUCCUGUCGAGGAUGUCUUGGUUGUCUAGCAAGAGCAGUCGCGGUAGGCACGCCGAGUCAAAGGAGCGAUUUCUCGGGGGAGCAGUUAUCGGAUGAAAUGGCGAGAGAUCGGCGGUCAGCACAACGUCGUCCCAGGUGUUUCGUGGUGGAUGGCUGUCUAUUGCCGGGCUCGCUGGGAGCUGUGUUGCAGCUGCACUGAUUGGAGCGGACGUGAAUCACGAGGAAUGGGCAAUGAUGGAAAUCAAGCGAUGGCCCAGGGCUGGAUGGCGUCCGAUCCCGUGAUGGCAAUUACGGCAAUGGUGUGCAGCACGAUGGUGGUGAUGCGAGAGUUUGGAAGGAUGUGCCGGAGAUGGCGGCGUUGGUUAGAAAAUCCAUGAAGCCAGGCGUUGUUGCCAGGCUAGACUGCUCUACUCCAUUUGGCCACAUCUGCUUUG